GCCUGUCACCCUCAGCUAGCCGAUAAAAGGGGCGUUUUUUGCUCGACGCUGAGCACAACAGAAGCAAAGUUCCCCGAAAACGGAUUCAAUAUUGAAAGUGAAAAACUGUGAUUUAAUAAGUGCUUAUCUGUGCAUUCCAUUUGACAAGAUUUCCAACGCACAAACGAUGUAGAAAAUGCACUCCUGAUUUAUUACGCUUGGAAAAUAGACCGCAAUCGAUUGGUUGAAUGGUCGCCAUCAUGAGCCUGGACGGAUGUCGUCCUUGAGAAGAAAGCCCAACAGCAGUGUCCAGCAGUUUGUGCUCCCAUAAGCCAACAACAGCCGCCCCAGAGCUCGCCGUCGGACCGGAACCAACAUUCCCAGGGUAGACUUUCCGGGCGACGACGAUGCGGAUUAUCUACUGGUUGGGGGUGGUGGGCACCCUAAUUGGGGCCACCGCACUCUACUGGCCCCCCUUUGUGUACAUUUUUCUGUUUGUGCUCUACUCGGUGAUUCUAAUUGCGCUGGCCAUCUUCGGUACCAUCUACGUCCAUUACAAACUAACGACCAAAGAAUCCCGCCCGUACACCCGUGAAGACCUACCCACCAACGUCCUGUACAACGCCACCAAGUCGCACCUCUUCGACCCACCGUCACCGCCCAAGUCCAGCGCCAAUCUGCCGAUCAUCUUCGGACGCACCGUAGAUGGCUUGCUGCAGCAGAUCAUCGGAAACGCCAUGCGCGAUAUUGUUAGCCCCGCCCUGGAGGAGAUCGUUGCCAACCCGCGGCGCAUCAUCGACCUGCUCAAGGAGGACAUCUGGCUGGGGAUCGACAAACUACACGAGCGGGCGUCCCGGAUCGAUGCACCGAAAAUGAUUGCCGUGGAUUUCGUUCUCAAAGCGACGGUGCACCUGGAGAAGAUUCGGAUCGCCCACGCAAAGGCGGCCGAGCUCGGAACGGAUCCGGAGUUUGGGACCUCGUCCUAUUUGACUACCCAGGAGAAGGAGCUGGAGUUUUUGAAGAAGAUCUGCGAGAUUAUGAUUAUAUUUUUGCUUCCCAGGGGAUAUUCCCUUUCACCGAUCAAGGAUUUGCUAAGCGAGGUGGUUUCGUAUAAGGUGCUUUAUCCGGUUAUUAGGUUGGUGACCUCACCGGAUUUCAUCAAUCAGCAAAUUGUGGAAUGCAUUGAGACGAAGCUGGUGGCGGUGGCGAUCCAUAAGAGGAGCUAUGAGUACGCUGCCAAUUUUGAGGAUUUUUUGAAAGUGAUCACCAGUAGUCAGACGGCGGACGAGCUGCACUCGAUUCGGGGAAGCAUAGUGAGCGAUAUUAUGCAAGCGACGACCAUGCAGAACUUACAAAGGACAAGGGGGUUGGACAGCGAGAUGUUCGUUGGAAAGAGCACCUCAGGUAGCAACUCCGGUGAUUCGGAAAGUGGUCCAACACGAGCGGAAAUAACAGCGUCGUUGAAGUUGAAGAAAUACAUACAGCAGCUCUCGUUUGCAAAGAGUCAGUGCGAAAAAUGCUUGUCCAAACUCGGAUGGGACGGAAACGUUAGUAACGAAAUCAAUCUCUCGGUGCUGGAUAUUCUGUCAACCGUGGCAGGGAGGAGGCACUUCAUGGUCUUUCUUGAACCGUUGAAGGUGUCGUCAUUGGUGGGAUUCUACACGACCGUCGAGGAAUUGAAGCACGCCCCAAAAAGCUCGUGGCAUCAACUGGGUGCUGAAAUAUUCUACACAUACGUUCGGUGCCCCAAUUCUGAGAUACCAGUUGACAAGGCCACUCGGAAGAAAAUGGAAUCCUUCUUGGUGGGUGAUAGCGGUACUGACGUAUUCUUCGAAGUGCAACGCGAGUGUUUGAUAACCUUGGAGGAGAAAUACUAUCAGCCGUUCCUUCUAAGUGAGGAAUAUACAAAGCUGAAGAAUUCGCUGACCCAGGAGGACUUCAAGGAAAUUACCAUGAGCACAUACCUGUCUUCCAGCACGGAGAGCCAGGAUGAAACGGCUUCCAAUGCUUCCUCGGCUAGCGGAGACGUGGACCCGGUGAUUAUGGAUUUGAGUAACCAUUCGACCUACGCUAGGACCAAGCUGGAUCAGUUGGACGAAAAGCUGGCCAAUAAAAAUCAGGCAUUGGACGCAUUAAAACAGUCGCUGAAGCCUGAUUCGAAACUUCUGUCGAUUUUGGAGAAGGAAAUUGAUUGGUUGAAGGGGGAAAAGCGUCAACUGGAAGCUCAUCUCCUACGGACUGAAGUGUGGGGUGAAUACCUCGGAAAAUGGCGCGCAAUAGUGGAAAGCGUGGACUUUUCGGAUGAUAAAGAACCUCAACCGCAGUUCAUGAUCGUCGUCCAGGUGGACGAGGUAAACGAUUGCGGCAAAGAAGAUGUGGCGACGGCAAUGGAUGCCGCUGACAGCAUUUCCACGGGAUGGGUUGUGGUGCGAUCUUUGGCUCAGUUUCACGAUCUCCAUCGGAAGCUGCGACCGAUGUGCAACGAUCUGAAAACAAUCGACCUUCCAUCGAACAAUGCGUUUAAACUGUUCCUGCUGAAGAACGACAAAUCCUCGUUGGAAAAGUCCAAGCAGCAGAUUCAAAAGUAUCUCAACUUCAUUUUGGAGGAUGACCAUUUGAACCAAAGUGAAGCUUUGUACGAAUUUUUGAGUCCAAGCUCGGAAAGACUGAAACAGAGUACGAAUCCGUCGCCUUCCAAGAAGCAGUCCAAGUUUUCCUUGGCGACACUGUUCAAGGCCAACAGCGAAAAAUUGGACCAAUUCUGGGGUCCUCACUUCCGAUUUAAUACUGCAGAUUUCCCCGAUGAUGAUCAGGUCUCCAUGUAUUUGGAAGGAUCAGCAGGCGAAAAUGGAGCAACCAAGUCGCAGCAGGACCCGGAUGCCAAGGACUCGAUAGCGGAGCCCUUAUAUGCCCUGCUUGGGGAGAUCUUCGACAUGGGUGGUGUCUUCAAAUGGCUCCGUCGAAGCUUGAUUUCCUUCGUGCAGAUCACCUACGGUCAGACCAUCAACCGCCAGAUCCGGGAAUCGAUCAACUCAUUGUUCGAAGAACCGAUGCUGCACACCUACGCGUCAACCGUGUUGAAAGCCUACUGGCCCGGCGGUGUCCUAACCAUCAAAUCCAUGGACCGCUCCGAGGAUCAACAGGAAAUGACUAUGAACGCUGCCAAGUCUUUGCUCCUGGACAACAUUCCAGAUCUGCUGUGUAAUCUCAUCGGUGCUCAAAACGCCCGCAACGGCAUCAUGAAGCUGUUCGACAACGCGCAAAACCCGCUCUACAACAAGCAGCUGUUCUACGACAUCUUGGAGAUUCUUAUGCUCGAACUUUUCCCAGAGAUUCGCCAACUGAAGAUACCGCCGAGUGUCACGGCUGUGGCGGUUGUUGGGGGCUCCGCUAGUUCCACUCCCACACAUGCUGGCCAUGCUCAUACCGUUGGAGGAUCCUCUGCGCAAGCCACCCCGACCCGAAUCAUAUCAAGGAACUGAAAAGGCGAUGCUGGACAGAGUCGACGAUCACUGAAUCCACCGAAAUCGAACAAGGAAUCACACAAUAUCACUAGAAUAUCCCCACAAUAAUUUUUAGAAUGAUUAUUUCAUCAUUGCUGUUCGUUUAGAGGCUAUAUUUUUAAUCUGUGUUUAAAGAUAGUGACUACCUUAACAAAAAGUAUAUAUUUGUAAACAUUCCGUGAGUCCCAAAACAAUCUAGUCCCCACCUUUGGAAGCAAGUGUUUAUGUGCAAAUUAAGCAAAAUAAUAAAAAAAAUAGUGAUAGCUAGGAUUAUGGCUAACUACUAACUAUGAUUAUCGGUACUUAACUUGGACUGCUACGUCGUAAUGUAGGGCAUUUUCCGAUCAUAAUUGAUCUCAUUAUGUGAAUAAAUUAUUGGAUGAAACUGGGCUA